UUCUCCCGUUGCUGAAAGAGGUGUGAUGUGUGGCUCACCCAGAGACUCUGCAGCCUCUGAUAAUUCACAUGGCCUUUAAAGCCACGUUUCAGAAGUGAUUACUGACUGCAGAUUGCAUUGGAAUUAGAUAAAACAUGUUUCGAUCAGCUGUGACUGUCAUCACCUUGCUGUGUUUCUUAUGGGUCCAUCCUGCUUUUGGACAGGACUGUCCUAAUACACAGGAACUACAGGGUUCUCUCAAACAGGUCCACAAACUUCUCUCAGCCCAUGAAGCCUCUUACCUUCAGAGUCUACGCAACCUAAAGAAGAAAAUAAACCUUUUGCAGAGCACUGGGAAGCAAACUGCAAGAGUCACCAACACAGGUACCUGCCGGAAACUGGAUUCACCUGCCAAUGGAAGGAAGCUUGGCAGGUCGCACAGCCUCGGCCAUGAGGUUCACUUUGUGUGUCACCCUGGCUAUGACUUGGUGGGAUCAGAGAGCAGGGUUUGUCAGGAGGACUUGAGCUGGAGCGGGCAGCAGCCUAUCUGUCAAGAUAUCAAUGAAUGUGCGCCCUCCCCGUGCAUGAAUGGUGGGACAUGUGUGGAUCUGGUGAAUCAGUUCUCUUGUGUCUGUGCCAAAGGCUGGAAUGGAGCUACCUGCCAGAGUCCAGUGCCAACAUUCUUCAUCACUAUGACAAACACCUCUGCUGCCACCUCCCCAGCUGUAGCUGCAGUCACUCCAGCUGCCGCGGCGGAGACUUUAGUUCGUCCAUCACACUGCACACAAGUUCAGGGGACCACCCACUGUACCUGUGAGCCCGGAUACACGAUCUCUGGCAGACACAGCAACACCUGCUAUGAUAUAGAUGAAUGUGAGCUGUUCCAUAAUGGACCUGCUGGGAGAUUAUGUUUACAUACAUGCGUUAACACCCCCGGAGGUUACCGCUGUUCCUGUCCCAAUGGAUAUAAUGUGACCCCUGAUGGGCGCAGCUGUAAAGAUAUUGAUGAGUGUGCCAUUAGGCAGAACAACUGCACCAAAGACCAGGUCUGCAUUAACACGUAUGGAAGCUUCCAGUGUGUUCAUGUGGAAUGUCAGAAAAUCCCUCAUGCUACGUAUGUCAAGACGUCACCUAUGCGCUGUGAGCGUAACCCGUGUCCUGUGGACAACAAAGCUUGUUCUCAAGCUCCAAACUCCUUCUCCUACCAUUAUUUGUCCAUCGUGUCCAACUUAUCAGCUCCUCGUGUCAUGUUCCGCAUCUCAGCGUUGCGUCAGAUGGGUGACACACUUCGUUUCUCUCUGCUUGGGGGUAGGCAGGCACGGCGGCACUUCACAGUGCAACGUUCGGACCGCCUGAUGGGCCAGCUGAUGCUGGUGAGUCCAGUGCAAGGUCCAGUCAUACUAGAGGCUGAAGUGGAGAUGACCGAGCUGGAGAAACGAGUCCAACUGGGGAGAUACAUCACAAAGAUCACCAUGUUUGUUUCCCAGUAUGAAUUCUAGACCAGGGAGAUGAGAGAUGUAACAGAAAGGUGUUUCCACUCUCAGGUAGAGCUGGAGCACACAGCUGAC